AUGAUAACACAAAAUCAAACACUUGCGACUAUUGCUGUUCCAAUAUCAAAACCAACUAGUACAAUUAAUAAUGAUCGACGGCAAAACAUACCUACUGAUCUAACACAACUACCAUUUAAUAUUUAUGCUGUUUAUUAUGGCUAUGAAACAACGAAAAAUAAUUUAUCAUAUUCAUUAACACGAUCAUUACUUCUUAUGUGGAGUUCAGUUUAUUUUGAUAUUAGUUUGUAUUUAUUUUGUCGUGCUUCACAACAAUUUCAAAAACAAUUUUUAACAAAAAUUAAAACUAAUCAUAUUCUUCGACGUUCUUCACAAAGACGAAUACCUUUGACAAGACAUAGCUAA